GGGCGGGGCGGGCUUUCGUCAGGGCGUCCGGGAGGGCGGGCGCGGCCAUGGCGCUCGUGUUCGUCGCGCUGCGCGUCCUGCUGGGCGGUUUCUUCGCGCUCACCGGGGCGGCCAAGCUCUGGCCGCUCUCGGCUCCGGAGUCCGAGCAGAUGAAAGCCCUGUUCGUGCAGUUUGCUGAAGUGUUUCCCUUGAAGUUGUUUGGCUACCAGCCUGAUCCCAUGAACUACCAAACAACUGUGGGCUGGCUGGAACUGCUGGCUGGGUUGCUGAUGGCUUUGGGCCCACCGAUACUACAAGAGAUCAGUAACUUGUUCUUGACCCUGCUAAUGAUGGGGGCUAUCUUCACAUUGGCAUGCCUGAAAGAGUGCCUGAGUACGUGCAUCCCCGCCAUCAUCUGCCUGGGGCUUCUGAGGCUGCUGGAUAUCUGCCAAUCCUUAGUCCAAACUAAAAAGGUGGGCAGAUAUUGUAGGAAGAAGAGUGUGUUGAAGAAACCCUGGGAGCAGAGAGUCUCUUCAUGCCAGCUAUGACAGCAGGAACAUGCUUGAACAUACAGAGCCUACCAUUUUAUUAUCAGUUUGUUCCUAGUCAUCCAGUGUUGAAAGAAACAUCUGGUCUACCUGGCCCUGAUUUCUCUCUGUAACUAUGCUCUUCUGUUUUGAGGGAUGUAUAUUACACAUAUUAAUAAUCCUCAUGUCAUGUGAAAAUAGAAAAUAAAUAGAAAACAUUUGAAUCACCAAAAAUUUGAAUCACCCAGAUAACCACUUUUCCUGCCUUGGUAUAACUAUACCUCUCAACCUUUUCUAUUCCUUUGUACAGAUACAUGUUUUUAAAUGAAGAUGAGAUAAUUUAAUCUACUUUGUUAUCUACUUUUUAAACCUGACAUUCUGCCAUUGUGUUUUACCUCAUCAAUGUUAAUAGCUAUAUAAUAUUCCAUUGUAAGGGUGUAUAUUGUAUUUACCUCCUAUAAGGAACAUUUGGGUUGUUCCCAAUUUUCUGUAAUUGUAAACCUCACAACAAAUCACCUUUGCAUACUUAUACUGUAUUUGCAUUCCCUAGAAAUGAAGAUGCUGGUUCAAAAGGCA